AGACUUCAAGAGGGUAAUGGCGACGCAGCUGCGGUGAAUGGUGAAUAAAAGACGCAAUGGAAGCUAAUCCCACAGAAAAAAGUGGAAAACGUCUGUCAGACCCCGAGGACCAACAAGGCCUGAGCAGCCUUGAGAGAGGGCCAUCUCUGACCUCGGGCAGGCCCAGAAGGAAACGCAGACCCAACCCUCUCUAUGUGCAGUCCACAGAUGAACAAGAGACAGCAGAACCAGAGGUUGUUGGGCACAAGACCAAGAGAAGGAAAAAAGAUCAGGGAGAAAACAAGAAAACCGCUCUGAAUGAGAGCGACACACCUCCUGCUAAAGAAUACCUUGCGGAGGGUUCGGAGCACAUAUUCCGCACGCACACUUGCCCCAAAUGCCGCCGCUGUUUCAAGAUGCGCUCCCACCUCCAGGAGCACCUGCGCAUCCACUUCCCAAGCCCCAGCCUCCAGUGCCCCACCUGCGACCGCUUCUUCACCAGCAAGAGCAAGCUGCGCGUGCACAUGCUGCGCGAGGCGGGCCAGAAAGUCCACCACUGCAAACGCUGCGACUACUCGGCAGUCGAACGCAACGCCCUCCGCCGCCACCUUUCAAACGUCCACGGGGAUGACGCCGGUGACGCGGAGUGCGUUGCCGGUGACCUGCCUACCCCCAACGUACUGACCUACCCUUGCCCCACCUGCGGCCAAACCUUUCAGCAAAGCAGGUCCCUCAAGGCCCACAUGAAGACCCACAACGUCCCACCGGACAGACAAUCCCUGCCUUGUUUCCAGGAGGGCUGCGCCUUCCGGGGUUCCGUGCGCAAGGAGCUGCUGCGUCACGCCAGGGAGGCUCACGCCGUCGAGGCGGUUGAGUGUCGUUAUCACGCCUGCAACGCCAUCUUCGCCAACAAGAGGGACAUGGAGGAGCAUCGGCGCGCGCACCUUGCCUACCACUGCGCGCUGUGCGACUUCUCCUGCUCCAACAAGAGCGUGUUCCUGCUGCACCGGCGCCAGGGACACGCGGGGGAGGAGGAGCUCCGCUGUGAGUUCUGCACCUUCGUCACCUUCAACCCUGUGGAGUUCCAGCAGCACGUGGGACAUCUGCACGCCAGCGAGAAGAUCCACCGGUGUCCGCAGUGCAGCUACGUGACCGCCCAUAAGCGGGGUUUGAACCGGCACAUGUUGAUGCACAGUGGUGAGAAGCCUCACAAGUGCAGCGUCUGUGACUUCAGGUGCCGGGAUGAGUCCUACCUCACCAAACACAUGCUCACACACUCGGACGACAAGAACUUCAUGUGUUCCGAGUGCGGCUACGUCACAAAGUGGAAGCACUAUCUGAAUGUACACAUGCGUAAACACACCGGGGAUCUACGGUACGAGUGUGACCAGUGUCCCUACCGCUGUCACAGGAUAGACCAGCUGAACAGCCACAAGCUUCGACAUCAGGCCAAGUCGCUCAUGUGCGAGAUCUGCGCCUAUGCCUGCAAGCGGAAGUAUGAACUUCGUAACCACAUGCUGACCAAGCACUCUGCUGGCCCAAAGCAGGCUGCGGCGGCCUAUCAGUGUAAAUACUGUGCGUAUACCACUUGCUAUCGCCAGGCACUCCAGAACCACGAGAACUGCAAACACACCAAGCUGAAGGAGUUCCGGUGUGCGCUCUGCUCGUAUGUCUCCUUCAGCACCAUCAGCCUGUUUUUGCACAAGAGAAAGGUCCACGGGUACGUUCCCGGUGACAAAGACUGGCUGGAGAACUACGCCUUAAAGGAGAAGGAAAGAAACGCACUUGAAUGUGUACAGGAUUUCUACCUGAAGUCCCCGGCGGGUUGUAACCGAUCCGAACCAAGCGCCAGGGAGGUAGCAACGACACCUCUGACCAAUGAAAACCAGUCUGGUCCGACUGGCCAAACUGAAGGGGUAGAUGUUGGGGGUAUUCCAGCAGACGCCUCAUCCAGGGGCUGCCCCGAGGAGUAUUGUACAUUGGUGUUGACCACACUCUCAACAGCUGAAUAUGAGACCGCUCCGUCGUCAAAUGAGAAGGAACACGUCCAGUAUCCAAAUGCCACAACGUACACUUCCACUAACGACGAUGGUGAUACUCCACCACAACAGGGAGGCAUCAGUCCAAGUUAUUCUCCAAGUGUGGCAGAAGAAGAGGAUGACUGUCCUCAAGGUGAAACAGACGACGAUGAAGGCUCAAUCAACAGUGAGUUGGUGGAAGCAGGUGAAGUCAUCAAUAAGCCCUCUGGUUCCAACGCCUUUUCCAAAUCUGAGAUCCACCUGAAGGCCAUGAAGAAACAUGACAGUGACCAGGCAGAGGCGAUGGUUAUGGAAGGACGGGUGAAGAUGCUCGUAGCACAGACAGGAGAUGUGCACCGCUGCGACAAGUGCUUGUAUGUGACACGCAAGGGAAGCGCCCUGAAGUAUCACUGUCAAUUUGUCUGUCAAAAUAGGUCCAAGGGACAUGACUGCGAGGGCUGUGGGGCACAUUUCAAACAAAGGCGAGGCCUCGAUACACACCUCGUGAAGAAGUGUCCAGCUCGCCAGCGAAACACAAGAGCCUUUAAAGGGGUUUCAACGGCACCGAUGACACUCAGUCCGGACUGUCUCCGUGAUGAAGGUGGAUGUAAAGAUAUUGAUGAAAUAGAUGAACAUCAUGUAGAGGUAACAAGAACAAGAAGUACAACUCAAAGCAAAGAUGGAAAAUAUAUGAUCUCUACAUCUAAUGUCUUUACCUCUGGUAAAUCAAAAGGCCCACAAAAGGAGCAUUUUAAGUUUAAACUUGUGACGAAAGCUGUUUCUGAUGCCAAAGAAAGAAAUAUUUUGUCAAAGAAAACUGUCCUUUACACUAAGGGACGAGGGAAAUUCACGUGCAAACAAUGCAAUUUUUCCUCGAUCAGACUGGCUACUGUGAAACGUCACUGCACAACCUGCAGACCAAACUCAAAGAGGAAUGAUGAAGAUCAAAGCCGGUUAGAAUGUGCAGAUGCUGAUUCAAAUAGCUCACUCGCAAAGUCAGAAGAAGACCUUGGUGAUAAAAUUGACAAUAAUCACACUUUGAAAAAAUCAAAAAAACAACUUAUCUCCUGUCCCAAGUGUACAUUCAAGUGCAGUCAGAAGCGUGCUCUAGAAAGCCACGAGAAGAGGGGCUGCAUGAAAGCCAACGAAAUCCAGUGCCACCUAUGCUCGUUCGUGGGAAAGUCCCAAAACUCUUUGACGAGUCACGUAUCCUCUGUUCAUGAGAAAAACAAGCCUCAACGCUUGCACUGCGAGGACUGCGACUUCAACUGUAAACAGGCGCGCUGCAUGGCCCAGCACGUCGCAGUCAAACACAAAGGGUCGCGACCCCACCGCUGCCCUUACUGUCCCUUCAGCACUACCCGUCGCCACCGGCUGGAGGAGCACCGGUCCCUCCACACCGGUGUCGGACGUUAUUCCUGCGAAGAGUGCAGCAAGACAUUCGGCACCGUGACCAAACUGGGCCAACACAAGACACGUGUCCACGACAGGAAGCCCUCUCACUUCUGCUCGCUCUGCGACUUCAGCGGCUACACCCUGGACGACGUGAGGCGCCACAACCUCCGAUGCCACACCGGAGAGCUCCAGCACUCUUGCGCUCACUGUGAGGCCUGCUUCAGUUCCAGCGUGGCUCUUAGAAACCAUUCCAAACGCAUCCACCAAGACCAGAACUUUCUCUCCUGCCCUGAAUGUGACUUUACAUUUGGCACUGACGCUGCUCUCAAAAUCCACCAGCGGAGUACACACCCUUUGCUCAAGUGCUCCACCUGUCAGCGGCGUUUCAACACCAAGAAAAGCCUGGAAACGCACCAGAGAAGCCAUUUAGGCCACCAGUGCCAGCUCUGCUCUUUCGCUAGCAGAACCAAGCAGCUGUUGGCGCAGCACCUCAUGGAGGAGCACGAGGAAGAUGAGGAAGAGGAGGGUUCCAGGGCGGAGAAGCCGCUGAAGUGCAGCCACUGCGAGUUCUCCUGUCGCCAUCAGCUGGUGUUGGAGCAGCACCUCCGCUCACACGGGGGCACGCGGCUCUACAAGUGCACCGACUGCAAGUACACCACCCGGAACAAGCAGAAGAUCACGUGGCACAUCCGCAUCCACACCGGGGAGAAACCCUACAACUGUGAGCAGUGUAGCUACACCUGCAGCGACCCCUUCAGGCUGAAGAGUCACAUGAGAGUUCACCAGCCAGAGAAGAAAUACUUGUGUACGGAGUGUGGAUACAAAUGCAAAUGGAAGACCCAGCUGAAGUACCACAUGACGAAACAUACAGGGGAGAAGGCCUACGCGUGCGACGACUGCGCCUACCGCGCCAACCGGGCGGACGCCCUGCGCGCCCACCGCGACACGCAGCACUGCGACGCGCGCUCCUUCGUCUGCGAGGAGUGCGGCAAGGCCUUCAAGACGCGCUACAUCCUGAAGACCCACCAGCGGCAGCACAGCGGAGCACGACCCUACACCUGCGGGGCCUGCCACAAGGCUUUCUGCUGGCCCGCCGGCCUGCGACAUCACUUCCUGUCGCACACCAAGCAGCAGCCAUACCGUUGCCUCCACUGUCCGUACCGCGCCAAGCAGAGGUUUCAGGUGGUGAAGCACCUGCGCAGGCACCACCCAGGGGUGGCCCCGGAGCAGGGGGUGGUGAAGGACGUGGAGGGGGCGGGGCUCACUCUGAAGGACGCCAUGCGGGGGGCGGUUGGUGUGCAGCAGGGUGAAGAGCAGGGGACUGAGCACAGAGCCUUGGGGGGGCCCCAGUGCUGCUAG